UUUUGAAAUUCUCAAAACUUAUCGAGUAAUAUCUAUUUAAGGUAUCACCUAGAGACAGGGUAGACAGUUUUCCCUGUCAGCAUUGUUCGGUUGCAAGUACUCUUCCGAUCUGUUGCCGUUCUCUUUCUCGAACAAGAAUUGCUGUUCGCACAAUUGGCACAAAUUAGAACACAGAAUUUUGAAAGUCCUAAUGGAAGUCGGAAGAUCCCAACUGACUUGGAAGUCUAAAUUUUGAUAACUCAAGCGUCGUCGCUGGAUCGUGGCACCUGAACUAGGAAGUCGGAACAAAGGGAAGCCUAAGGCAUCGCUGGCUCGCUGCAUCAGAAGUGAGCGAAGAAGUCAUUGCCUUGAUCAAUCAUUUAAUCAACGAUACAUUUGAGUUGAUAUUUGAAAAUGGGUAAUGCCUCUUCAGUGCUAACCCAGUAUGACAUUGAAGACGUCCAAGACCACUGUAAUCAUCUCUUCAAUCAGCUAGAAAUAUUGUCAGUAUACCAGAGGUUCUGCCAACUUGAUAGGAGCGCGAAGGGGUUCAUAUCUGCUGAUGAGUUUUUGUCAGUUCCCGAGUUUGCAAUGAACCCCCUAUCCCAGAGAUUGCUCAAGAUGGUAGAUGGAUUAAACUUCAAGGACUUAGUAGCUUUUUUGUCAGCCUUUAGUGCCAAAGCAAGCAUGAGGCAAAAAAUUGAACUUAUCUUCAAGGUAUAUGAUUCUGAUGGGAAUGGGAAGGUGUCAUUCAAUGACAUGAUUGUGGUACUUCAGGAUUUAAGUGGCGCAUACAUGUCAGAUAAGCAAAGAGAGGAUGUUUUGAGCCAAGUUUUGCUUGAGGCUGGUUAUUCAAGGGACUCCUUAUUACUUGUGGAUGACUUUAUUAAGGUUUUUGACCAUCCUGGCUUGAAGAUGGAGGUGGAGAUCCCAGUUGACUAGCAGCAGCAAAUUAGCGCACCAAUUAUGUUCUUCUACAACUGCAGUGGAGUUUUGAGUUGAUGUUGUACUAACAAAUAAUUGUUUUUUUGUUUAAUUCCUCCAAAUUUUUAUAUUUCGAGAAAUAAUAUAAGCGUGUAAUUUAAAAAAAAAUUAGAGAAUUUUGGGAAAGAAACCGUAAAGGUGUGCUGUGCAUUGUGCAAAUGGCCUACUGUAGGCCGCCUACAUUUUUUCAUACAGUAGUCCACAUGUUCAAAUUAAGAAAGUAUUACCUAUGAGUAUACCUAAUUAAACAAAAAAUGGAAUGCUUUCUAGCAAUAAAGUUC